CUGACCUCGCUUUCUCUUCCUCUCUGCCCCCCUCUAGCUAGGAGACUGUUCGUUAGUAGCAUUGCUCAAGCCUCCCUGGAGUGACUGGAAUCGUUUCUGUCGAGGAGGCUCUGCAGCCUGGCUCUGUGAGACUGAGGUGGGGGUCCGCUGCAGUGAGUGUGGGGUCCUGGGGCAUCUGCCUUUCCUGGCUUGUUUAUGAGCAUUAAAGGGAAGAAGUUGAGGCUGGAAGAGCGAGGAUGGCAGUCAACAAGGACCCCACCCUGCUGGACGAAGACUUCCCUGAGCAGGAGAACGUGCUGCAGCGGGUCCUGCAGCUGCCUGUGGUGAGUGGCACCUGUGAGUGCGUCCAGAAGACCUACACCAGCACCAAGGAAGCCCACCCCCUGGUGGCCUCUGUGUGCAAUGCCUACGAGAAGGGCGUGCAGGGCGCCAGCAGCUUUGCUGCCUGGAGCAUGGAGCCGGUGGUCCGCAGGCUGUCCACCCAGUUCACAGCCGCCAACGAGCUGGCCUGCCGAGGCCUGGACCACCUGGAGGAAAAGAUCCCAGCCCUCCAGUACCCUCCUGAGAAGAUCGCCUCUGAGCUGAAGGGCACCAUCUCCAACCGCCUCCGCAGUGCCAGAAACAGCAUCAGCGUGCCCAUCGCGAGCACUUCGGACAAGGUCCUGGGGACUGCUUUGUCCAGCUGCGAGCUCGCCUGGGAGGUGGCCAAAGACACUGCAGAGUAUGCCGCCAACACCCGAGCGGGCAGACUGGCCUCCGGAGGGGCUGACUUGGCCUUGGGCGGCAUUGAGAAGGUGGUGGAGUUCCUUCUCCCUGCGGCCAAGGAAGAGUCAGCCCCUGCUCCUGGACACCAGCAGGCCCAGAAGCCUCCCAAGGCCAAGCGGAACCUCGUGAGCAGAGUCGGGGCCCUGACCAGCACCCUCUCUCAGCACGCCAUGCAGACCACAGGCCGGGUGCUGAAGCAGGGCCACGCCCUGGCCAUGUGGAUCCCGGGUGUGGCGCCUCUGAACAGCCUGGCCCAGUGGGGUGUGUCAGCGGCCAUGCAGGUGGUGUCCCGGCAGAAGAGCAAGGCGCAGGUGCCCUGGCUGCACAACCUCACUGCCACCCAGGAGGAGGACUGUGAUGACCAGACGGACACGGGGGGAGAGGAGUCGGAGGAGGAGGAAGAACUGGAGACUGAGGAGAGCAAGUUCAGUGAGGUGGCGGCCCUGCCAGGCCCGCGAGGCCUCCUGGGCAGCGUGGUGCACACUCUGCAGAAGGCCCUCCAGUGCACCAUCUCGGCCGUGACAUGGGCACCUGCAGCUGUGCUGGGCACAGCGGGGAGGGCGCUGCACCUCACACCGGCCCGUGCCGUCUCCUCAACCAAGGGGAGGGCCAUGUCCCUAUCGGAUGCCCUGAAAGGCGUCACUGACAAUGUGGUGGACACGGUGGUGCACUAUGUGCCGCUCCCCAGGCUGUCGCUGAUGGAGCCUGAGAGCGAAUUCCGGGACAUCGACAACCCGCCGGCCGAGUCCGAGCGCCCGGAGGCGGAGCGCAGGGGGUCUGGCGCAUCGUCCCCCAGCCCGGAGCCCGCGCCGCGCCCGGGGCAGCCCCGUGGCAGCCUGCGCAGCGCGCGGGGCCCCGGCGCGCCCUCCAGCCCGGGUCUGGACGACAAGGCCGAGACGCCCAACCCGGCGCGCCCGGGCUUCCCGGCCGUGCCCCGCGAGAAGCCGAAGCGCAGGGUCAGCGACAGCUUCUUCCGGCCCAGCGUCAUGGAGCCCAUCCUGGGCCGCGCGCAGUACAGCCAACUGCGCAAGAAGAGCUGAGCGCGCCCCGCCGCCGGCGCCCCGGGCCAGGCCGCGCCCUCCGCCCGCCCGCCAGAACGCACCCCUUCCCGGCAGCACUGACUCCUUCGGAGCGGCCGCGCCUCCCCACCACGCCGCCGGGUGCGCCUCGUGUUUCCAGCAUCCUUUUGGGCUUGGCCGUCGAGCCAGUGUCCGAGGGGCACCGGAGCGGCAGUCUGCCCUGAUUCCGUGGCUCGUUCUCCUACUAAAAGAGUAAUUGCUUCGCUAGACCUUUUACUCCUCUAACCAAACUUGUGGCCAAAUGCAUUUGCCUAUUUCCAAAAUUUAGAUCCUUUCUCUGCGGACCGAUAUUUGCCACCGAUGAGCAACAUGUCACCACCUUACGGGUCCAAACAGGAGUUCUUGGCACAUUUUCAGCACCGAACCCAGGGAUCCUCGGGGUCGGCUCUCCGCAGGCUGCUUUGAAGGGACCAGCACUCGCGAGCAAGAGCUCCUCUGCGUUCUUGUCACCCAGUCCUCCCUGCUCUGCCUGUCUCCGGUAGCGCCACCUGCUUGCUCACGGCGGUAUUUCCAUUCGUGUCAUUGCUGCCUUCCCUGCAUAGUCGCUCCUUUGAAUGCCCCCCAGAUGCUGGGGGAUGAGAGUGGUGACCUAUCACCCCAUAUAGUCUACUGUAUAGCCCGUAUAUAGAUUUUUAUAGCCACAGUUCAUUCCCAACCCAAUUUUUGGAAAUAUUAAUAUUUGCUAAAUCUGAAAAAAUACAUAUAAUUAAAACAUUCAAACAUUGUAAAAGGGUGUGUGUUUUUCUCCCUGAGUUCCCCAG